CACGGCUGUUGCCGAACGGAAUGCUCUUCUUGGAGCUAAACGUUUGCUGUUCUCGGAGUGUGGAUUGCAUCAAACGACGCGCAUAAUAUCGAAAAGAGAACAACUGAAAGAAAAUCUGAGGUGUUGACAGACGUGUGGCUGGGGACGAUACCGUGAGCAGUAUUUGGGAGGAGAGCAGAGUCUAGCACAUGCUACGUCACCAUGCUCAUCUGACACACAGCAGAGUGCCUGGCAGGCAAAGCUGAUCCCAGUUAGAAUCAUGAAGAGACUCCUUCGCUAGAGACGGAGGGUUCGGGAAUGAUGGAUGUCCCCAAUGGCCAAUCAAAUGUCUCCGCCUCUGCAGUCACGGCGUCCGAGAAGAGCAGCAGCUCGGAGUCCCUGAGCGACAAGGGCUCCUCGGAGCUGAAGAAGAGCUUUGACGCCGUCGUCUUUGAUGUGCUGAAGGUCACUCCUGAGGAAUAUGCAAGCCAGAUCACCCUCAUGGACGCGCCAGUCUUCAGAGCCAUCCAGCCGGAGGAGCUGUCGAGCUGCGGCUGGAACAAGAAGGAGAAGCACAUUUCUGCACCCAACGUUGUGGCCUUCACCCGCAGGUUCAACCAGACAAGUUUCUGGGUUGUACGGGAGAUCCUUCACGCCCAGACAUUGAAGAUAAGGGCAGAAGUAUUGAGUCUCUACAUCAGGACUGCCAAGAAACUGUGUGACAUGAACAACCUGCACGCGGUCAUGGCAGUGGUGUCCGGCCUCCAGAGCGCACCCAUCUUCAGACUCACCAAGACCUGGGCACUGCUGAGCCGGAAGGACAAGGCCGCGUUCGAGAGGCUCGAGUACCUGAUGGCCAAAGAGGACAACUACAAGCGCCUGAGAGACUUCAUCAGCAGCCAGAGCAUGACCUCCUGCAUCCCCUACCUAGGUCUGUACCUGUCGGACCUGACCUAUGUGGACUCUGCGUACCCCUCCACGGGCAGCAUCCUGGAGAACGAGCAGCGCUCCAACCUCAUGAACAACAUCCUGAGAAUCAUCUCGGACCUGCAGAGAUCCUGCGACUAUGAGAUCCAAGUAUUACCCCACGUGCAGAAGUAUCUCAACUCAGUACGGUACAUAGAGGAGCUGCAGAAGUUUGUGGAAGACGACAACUACAAGUUGUCCUUAAAGAUUGAACCUGCCACCAGCACCCCUCGCUCCACUGCCUCCAGAGAGGACCUCGUAGGACCUGAUGCGUCAGCUUCACCACUGUGUGGUCGCCGGGGCAUCAUCGCCGAGAGCUGCAAGGUCCCCGCCACGCCUCCCUCCCCACGCAACCUCCUCCCGUACGGACACAGGAAGUGCCACAGCCUGGGCUACAACUUCAUCCAUAAGACGAACACGGUGGAGUUCAAGAGCGCCACAUUCCCCAACGCCGGGUCCAGACACCUGCUGGACGACAGCGUCCUAGAGAGCCACACGCCCACACGUGGACACGCAGAGAGCUCCACGCUAUCCAGCGGCAUAUCAUUAGGAAGCAGCGAAGGCUCGGAACUCAGUGAGGAGAUGUCAUGGCCUGCUUUUGAAAGGACGCGCUUCUAUCACUCUCUGGGCCCAGUCACCCGUGUGGCCCGCAUUUCAUGCCGAGGAGUCCUCAAGCCCAGCAGCUCGGCGGAGUCGGAGGAGCUGGCGGUGCACCUGUAUCCAGGAGCGGUGACGCUGCAGGGAGUCCUGCGCCGGAAAACACUCCUCAAAGAGGGCAAAAAACCCACGAUUGGGUGGCUCUAUGUGAGACCCAGCUCUUCUACUACCCUGCCAAGUCUCUCAAGGCUACCGAGAGGAAGCACUUCAAGUCCACGGCCAGCAAGAGCGCGUCGGUGGUGGGGCUCAUGGCCAUGAUGCCAGACGACCCUGAGCAUCCCGACGUCUUCCUCCUGACCGACUCAGAGCACGGCAACUCUUACAAGUACCAGGCAGGCAACAGGAUGAACGCGCUUCUUUGGUUCAAACACCUGAGUACAGCGUGCCAGAGCAACAAGCAACAGGUCCCAGCUAAUCUGAUGUCCUUUGAGUGAGCGGCGUGGAGAGAGACACAGAUAACCGGGUGGAGAGCAAACAGGAAAACCAAACCGAGAAGAGAGCGAGGGAGAGAGACAGAAGAAGGAAGAGACUGGAGGAAAAGAAAAGAAGAGAGGAGAAACGAGAAGAAGAGUAGAGACUCAACAGUACUGGGAGCUCACCACUGCCAUGAGCCCACUCCUUAGCCUCACUGCUAUCCAGCCCAACCCCACCUGCCACCAUUGCCUUAAUGAGCGGGUGUGUGUGUGCGUGUGUGUAUGUUAGAGAGAAAGAGUGUGUGUGUGUGAGAGAGAGAGGGUCUGUGUGUGUGAGUGUGUGUGUGUGUGUGUGUGUGUGUGUGUGUGUGUGUGUGUGUGAGUGAGUGUGUGUGAGUGAGUGAGUGUGCAAACCUGCAGACACUUAGCAGCCCGAGCAGCACAGUUGCAGUUCCCCUCACUUGAGACUGCAGCAGGCCUAUUGACGAGGACCAUGGGCUGUCUCCUCUUCCUCUUCCUCUUCCUCUUCCUCCUCCUGCUGCUCUCUAUCUCUCUCUCUGUUUCUCUCUCUCUCUCUCUCUCACUUUCCCCCUAUCCACCUAUCCACCUAUUUUAUCUUUUAUACACUUUGCUCUGGACCUACAAACCAGCACCACCUCCCCAGAACUCUCAGAGCCAGAGCCAGAGCCAGCUCCCCUCCCAAACAAAAAGACACAAGAAGUAAAAGAGACGACACGAGAGGAGAGGAGAGGAGAGGAGGACGCCAAUGAGGAGCCUCUUGUGGAUCUUUUGGGGACUAGCGUACGUCUACUGGGGCAACAGAUGAUUGGUCCUCUCCUCUCUGGUGACUGUUGUUUUUUUUGUUGUCGCAUUAAUUCUUUACGCUUUGAGUGUUGGUUAUGGACUGUGUGUGUGUGUAAUAAGUGUUGGUUAUUGGCUGUCAUUUUGUGUGUGUGUGUGUGUGUUUCUUAGUGUGUGUGUGUGUGCACCUCUCACUCAGAAAUGGCUGGGGCACUCCUGCAUCAGCCUCUUGACAAAGCAGACUUUUAGACUAUAAAGUCAAGUUUGUCUCACGUGAUUUCACCCUCUUUUACACUUGAUCACACUCUAUACACCGUUCAUCCAUAACCACAACACUGAUUGUCUUUUCACUUACUUGACUUGGGCUCAAAGAAGCACGACGCAAGAUUUUCCACACUUGUGUCUCAUCCAACCAAGUAGACGUUUUACACUUGUUAAAAAAGUGAUUGCGACACGCAGAAAUGUAAAAAGGGCUCCAACACCUGAUGAAUACCAGAUGAAAAACUACAAUUCCCAGAGGCCUCUGAUAGAAUAUUCCCCCUCCUUCCCCCCUUGUGUCUCCUUGGCGAGCUCACCUGCAGAUCUGAAGAGCUAGAUGGACAGAUUGUGAAACGGAGGUGGGGGGAGGGUUGGUAAAGGUCACUGAAGUUCAUGUGAUGAAAAGGUUUCCUUAUCAGUUUUUCUUUCUUUCUUCUUUCUCGUUAUCUGUUCUUUGUUCGUGGCUGAGGUAUGUGAACCCAGCUGGGGUGAUAUGGAGGUGGACUCCCAAUGUCUCAGUGAUAGCCACUGGGAACAUCACCUUUUCAGAGGGAGAGAUUGUGCGAGUGGCCGCUUACCGUAAGCGGCUGCACGUUUUUCUUGUUUGAGGGUGAGAGAAGAAAGUAGUCACGUCCGUAGAAAAUCCCUCCUGUCCCCCCCGCCUGCUGAGACUGUACAGUCAGUGAGCCUGUGUUUUGUUUAUAUGUGUGUGUGUGUGUGUGUGUGUGUGUGUGUGUAUACACACCAACCCUCCCACAAGGGUGCAGAAAAACUAAGAGAAGGAAGUCACCAAAGUCAAUAUGAGAGCGUGUAUAGUUACCUUUUUUUUUCCGUUUUUUUCUUUGUUUUUUUUUCCUUUCUGAACUUCCUCCUUUUAGGUGUUGGUCUGCGACACAGCUGAAAUGCAAAGCUAUCAUGGAGCCAUUUGUUAUCUAUUUUUAGUUAUUUUUUUAUCGUUUAGUUCCUUUUUUAAAAUACUGUUUUAGUUUUCAAUCUGAUUUUGGGAGGCGGUGUCCAGUAUUACAGUGUAGACCAAGUUGCACAUGUCUAGGGUGUUUUAAUUGUCUGUUACUUUUUUAUGUUACAUUUCAGUCAAUGUCCUCUUUUGUUUGUUUUGCAUUUUAUUUAGUUUUUAUCUCUUUUUUUGUACCAUUUUCAACUUGUGGUCAUUUUUAUUUGUGAUGAACGAAGUUCCCGUGUGUCAUCCAUGGGAAGUUGUGUUAUGUACAGUAGAGCAACACUUUGUGUUGUCCUGUUGCAUUAAGGCGGGCCUGGACAAUGGUUCCGCAGGGAUCUCCCUAUGAGCUUAGAGGAGCUGUGGGAGUGUGUAAGUGUCAUAUAAUUGUCAUAUUAAGUUAACAGAAGACUAACCCAAUAACGUGUUGUGUGUUACAAUCCAACUCCAACUCUAGAACCUACUUAACCACACUUUGAUGUGCAAAUCUUUUUCUUGCCAGACACUGCAGAUUGUGUGUGUGUGUGUGUGUGCGUGUGUGUGCAUAAUGCAUAUGCCCGUGUGUGCCAGUGUACAGACAUAACAGCUGUUUUCUCAGACUUCUGGUGGGAGGGACUCAGGUGCAGGUCAGCAUUGUGGAAACCUCCUCCGAUGGGAUGAGGGUGUGAGCAGUGGGUGCUCACCUGUUCCCCCUCGAUUGAUUUGUUUCUUCCCAGCUUGGGCAAAUCCCUGACAGUUUUCAUGCAUGCCCUCCAUAGCAUUUCGGCACCACUUCAGAGAUUUUGUGUGUGUGUGUGUGUGUGUGUGUGUGUGUGGCUUGUCUUUUCUCCUCCAUUCUGUACACACAGUCCAUCUCUGUAUUCCUGACUUUGUGGAAUUGCUACUCUUACAGCGGACGAGUCCAUUAGUGAAGGAAAAGAGGCUAAUUUGUGCCAUUUAUGACUCGUGUCUACUGAGCACUUCUUCCUCCUUCCAGAAGCCUCAGCUGCGAUUUAGCUCAACCUGCUGAAUCAUUUGCCAGCCAUUAUGCCAUCAUCUGUCUGACCCCACACAAGCAUUUCACUGCACCAGCUUUUGUUUCCUUCAAAGUACAUCUGCAGGUUUUCUAAGGUUAUUCUUAAAGACAUUUCAUUUUCUUGGAGAAAUGUGCAUACGUUUCAUUGGUUAAGCACGGUGUGCUGACAAAGGGCAGCAGUGAAUGAUAUUGUUUUAAUGGUUGACUGCAGCAAAUGUGCCGUUAGUGAUGGUUGAUGGAGUUUGUAGCUGAUAGAUCCCUAGGGAUCAAUUAUUCAGAGCAGACAGACAUGUCAGAUUGUGAAGGUUAAAUGGAGAGGAAGUGGUGGUCUCUUCCGGAAUGAGACCUCCUUUGUAAUGAUGGAUCUGAUUGAAGGCGGAUGUUAAUCAACCCCAAAUCCUUUCGGUCCUCUCUUGAGUAGUCUUUUCUAAGGUUAACAUUAUGUAUGUAGUUCUAAAACUUUAAUUUCAUAAGCACCACUUCAGGAGCCUAUGUGAACAGAUCAACCUAGAUGAGAGAACAGCUUGAAAAGGUAUGAAAGGUAUUUCUGCAUUAAAAAAAAAAAAUCCCCCCCUAGGAUGGACAGGAUGCACGCAAAGUUUUGAAGGUUGUCUGAACAACAGACAAACCCAAAUACACCAGAAAGCACCUGUCCCUAUGUUCGAUAUCAGCGGGAAAACCACACACUGGUUUCGCCCGCUCAGUCCAACAGAGCUCCCUAGUGAAACGGACUUAGGUACAGAUGAGAGGAGGCUUUCGUGACAGCCAGGUGAUCAAGCUCUUCAGAGUGUGUUGUGGGAGUGGGAGAUGGAAAGAGUGUUUGUGUAGCGAAAGCCAGCCACUUUCAGACAGGCACCCUUCACUUAUCUGAUAUGAUUUGCGGUGUUUAAAAAGCUCUUGACCUUUUCUGCAAAUGACAAACAGUGAUUGCAUCACCAGCCUGUGACCCAUUUUGUCAUCUCCUCUCUUUCACUCUCUCUCUCUGUCUCACUCACUCACUCACUCACUCACUCUCAUUCUCUCACUCUACACUUCUCAUCUAUUCUGUAGCAUCUAUCAGGCUGUGACUAGUUUGGACGAGAAAGACAUUUCAGGGGAAAAUGCACAAAACCCAGACCAAGGGAAAGAGGAGCGCUGUGAGCAACAGAGAAAACAAAAAGAUCUGAACGGUGAUGAGGAGCAUUUCUACAGAAGAGAACUGGCCUGGAUACUGUGAACGCUUUACUCAGGAGCUGCUGCUCCAUUCAUGUCUGUCCUCCUUCACCACUCGCCACUCUCCAGUCUAUCGUCUGUGCCAUCCUCCAGCUCAGUGUAGCCCACCUACUGGAACCCCCCCCCCCCCACACACACACACACACACACACACACACACACACACACACACAACAAAAAAAACCCACCUCCUCAGCAUUUGUGCUGCAGUUUUUACACCUUUGCUCAGUCUUGUGCUGAAUGUUUACACAAGCGUCUAUGGUAUGCAUAAUUAAGGCACAGUGUGCUGCAUUCUCGCGGUAGAGCACAGCCAAUGUGAAAAGGUAAGCGGAGUCAGACAUGUGCCCUUAGGACAAGCUAUGAGUGGAUGUACAGUACAAUGGCUCAAAGGAAACUGGUUUUAUUAGGCUAACUAGUUGUCUCUGCGUUAGGUCAAGUGAGCCAUGUCUGUGCAUUACGGUAUAUGGAAUUAGCACACAGUUGUUAUACAGUGAAACAUGCAAAGGUUUUCCCUUUGACAGAAGUGUUUCUGUUACAAUGGAUGGGUUGUGUUUUGUUUGUUUGUGUGUGUGUGUGUGGGGGGGGGGGGUAUCCACCCCACCCCACCCCCCUCUAAGUGGAGCCCAUACUCUUUUGUGAAGGUAAUGCCCUGGGGCUGUGGGGCUGACUAAUGCAUUACCGUGUGAGUGUGUUCGAGGCAGAGCGAUUAAUUUGGCACAAUGCCUAGAAAGCACCUCAUGAGGCAGAGGAUGCAAGAUGAUUCAGGAUGCCAUGUGAUCCCUGUGCAUCUCUCCAAACACUCCCUCCCAUUUGACAUACACACACACAGCCCCCAUUAUCCCUGAGUCUCGCCAACCCACCCCUUCCCUCCCACACACAUGCACAAAAUCACCUCACUGCCCACCUAAAAGUCAUGUACCCUAGCCAGCACUAUGACCUCAAACCUGAGUGAUGUGCUCCUGGGUCUCUGAAGAAAGUCGACCCAAAUAAAUACUUCGGUUCAUUUUUUUUACCUUGUUUUUUUUUUUUUUUUUUCGUCAUUCACCUUUCUUCUGCAAUAUUGUGAACACCGCUUAAAUGCUGCGUUGACUGGGGUGAUGUGGAUGACUUGUGGGUGAAUGUGAGCACUUAGUGGGUGAUGUUUGCGUUGAGAGUGUUUGUUUUUGUGUGUGUGUGUGUGUGUGUGUGUGUUUGCGCAUAAGCUAGUGUAAAAACACUUUAGGUACUGGUUUAAUUAUACUCAUUUUGAUUCCUCCUUUUAAAAAUAAAACUACUUGAAUUAUUAA